GGGCUUGUGAACGCUCCACACAAGUUUGGGCGAGGCGGCCGUAGGGAGUUCCGGGCUGGGACGGCGGCGCGGAAAGCAGCGUCAGAGAGUUAUGGAGAGCGGCGGAGGCGCCUACGGGGCCGCUAAAGCGGGAGGCACGUUCGACCUGUGGCACUUCUUGCAGCAGCCACAGGUCAUCGCGCGCAUUUUCAGUGCGGUAUUUGCACUCAUUGUUUUCUCCUGCAUCAUUGGAGAAGGUUACACCAAUGACCCCCAAAGCUCUGAACUUCACUGCAUCUUUAAUCGUAGUGAGGAUACCUGUCGUUAUGGUAUCGGCAUUGGUGUGAUUGCCUUCCUGGCUUGUAUAUUUUUCUUUAUGGUUGACGUCUACUUUCCCCAGAUUAGCAGUGCCACUGAUCGCAAGUACCUCGUUAUGGCCGACCUAGCCUUCUCAGCUGUUUGGACCUUUUUGUGGUUUAUUGGAUUCUGUGUGCUGGCAAACCAAUGGUCAUCAACAAAGGCUGAAGAUAUAACACUUGGGGCUGAUUCUGCCCGUGCAUCGAUUGCCUUCAGUUUCUUCUCCAUUUUUUCAUGGGGACUCCUGAUUGCCUUCGCCCUUCAACGUUACCGUAUGGGUGUCCAAGAUUUUGACCAGAGUUACAUCGACCCAGCUCCAGGCCCAACACCUCCAUACUCCAGUUACCCCAAUGUCAGUCAUGAGAGCUACCAGCAGCCGCCCUUCACUCAGACUGCAGAGAACUCUGAGGGCUACCAGCCUCCACCUGUGUAUUGAUUGCUACUAACACUGUUCAAAGCAGCUGGCAGGGAUAGUAUCCUAGUGCUAUGUGUUCAUUUCUUGAGGUGGGAACCAUGUCUACUGUGAAAUUGUGGUGCCACAACCAAGAUUGUGGGUUGUGCAUGUAUAUGUUUUGGGUUCUGGGAUAUUCUACUAUUUUCAAAACUUGCAUCUUGCAGAAAGUGAUGUUUCUUUUAUGGGCACAGGAAGCUUGCUGUGUGACUUGCAAGGAAUAUUAAUUGCUGAAAUGGUAUUGACUACUUGAUUUUAUUAUUGCUGCAGCUAACUUAAGCUGCUUGCUGGAAAUAGCUAGAGACAUUCUGCCGCAGAGGAACACUGUACUUCUACUGGAUGUGCCCCAGUGGAAUCCUUGCCCCAGCUAUCCUGCCCCAAUGCUGUUACAUCUGUGCCUUGGUGUGCUUGCGCAUCUUGACCAUUCUAGACUUCCAAUGGGUCUGGUGUUCCUAUGGCUCUGUGGUGCUGCCCUUCCAGACUGUGCACUGCUUUCUAUCGUUUCAGCUGCUGAUACCAAAACCAAUUAAAAGCAUUUCUAGAUAAAGCUUUAGACGUAUUGCAUUUACUAUAUCAUACAUUUUUCUUUGGUUUAAAGUGGGAAGGACUUGGCUCCAUGGAGAAUUUGACACCUGUUUUAAGUAUUCUAUAGAGGCCCACAGGUUUUCAAUAAUGUACCAAAGGUAAACUCACUCUUGCAGUUUAUUCUCCUAACCUUUCCUGAAAAGCUAAGAAAGGAAAGGAAAACGCAAACAGGAAUGUGCAUGAAGUGGAAAGUCACUGCUUCGAACUCAUAACACUCUGCAUUCUGGAAGCUCAAAAACAACAGCUGCAGUACUCUCUUUUGAUCAAACUCAAAUCAGGCAGAUUUUUCUGGUGACUAGAAUAGGCAUAUUGCCUUCAACCACAGCCAGUGCCAAAGCACAGCAUAUCCCAUUGCCUCACUUCCCGAUCUUCCCAGCACAGUCCCUGCCCCAAAAGCACAGCAGACCCUAUCCCCACUUCCACAGUGCCUUCUUUUCUUCCCUGCUGUGACUGCCAGUCUCUGCAUGUGGUACCACUCUUGUCCUAUUUCAGGGGUUGCCUACCCGUCCUAUUUCAAACCAUCUGUGUUUCAGUCUACCACUGGAACAAAGGGGGCUCCAUUUUAGUCUUUAUACAGACAAAUUCAUUCAAAAUUGAUGCAUUUUAGUUCAGGCAUAGACCAGCUAAAAAUGGCUGUUCUGCACACAAUGUUUUUAUACAUCUUCAUUAACAAGUCUUUGUGAGAUAAUGGCCUUUUUUGUAUCCCUAGCCUGUGGCUGUUAACACUGCUCUUUUCUAAUUGCAUGUUUUGGGAAACUUCAGGCAAAUAUUGCAAUCUUGGGGCUUUGAAGUGUUUUAAAUCUUUUGCCAUAGUAGAAGUUGGAUUAUACACAUCCCUUAGAACAUACUGUGGAUUUUCAUGUAUCGUAUAAUUUUAGGGGAGAGGAAAAUAAUUUACAGAGGGAUUAAUAACUGGGCAAGGGUGUAUUGUUGUCUAACAAAUGGACAGCACUGGAUCGUUUAAAAAGCAUGAACCCUUUAUUGCCUGCUUUUUGUCUGAAAAAAAAUUAUAUAGCUUAUGUGAAGAUCAUUUGUACUGUUUAGGAAUAACUAGGGUAGGAUUAUUGGUAGUAAUUAUUUUUAAGCUUCCCAGAGAGAAAACAAUCUUAGCAUUUUCAGCUGUAAUUUCCCUUUACUGAAUGUCAUAUAUAUAGCCAUUUCCUGAUUAAUGAUUUACUUAUUAGGGCAGUAUGAUGUGUUAUAUCAACAGGCAUUAACAAAGUGAUUGGGUAACUCUGGAAUACAUUUUAAACCAGUAGUAAAGUUUUUGUCACUGAACUUAAAUAUUCUUAAGGUGAACUGGUACUACACAUAAAACUUAAAAGUAAGAAUAAUUUUAUUCACUAUAUCAUUGAUUAAAACCAAUGCUUCAGUUUCCA